CAAAAUGGCAGGAAGUUUACCACGUGGGCCAAAUAUUUUGAUAACAGGCACACCUGGCACAGGUAAAACAACUCUAGCACAAGAAGUGGCCCAGAGAACAAAUUUGAAAUAUAUUAAUAUUGGAGAGGUGGCUAAAGAGAAUGAUCUUUAUGAUGGGUUUGAUGCAGAAUAUCAGUGUCCAAUUAUGGAUGAAGAUAGAGUCAUUGAUGAACUAGAGGACACUAUGGUGGACGGAGGGAAUAUAGUAGAUUAUCAUGGGUGUGAAUUUUUUCCAGAACGAUGGUUUCAUUUAGUUGUGGUCUUACGAACUGAUACAGCACUUUUAUAUAAUCGAUUGGAAAAACGUGGCUACCAUAGUAAAAAACUUGAAGACAAUGUUCAAUGUGAGAUAUUUCGAACUAUUUUGGAUGAGGCAUUAGAAUCUUAUAAAACAAACAUUGUAGAGGAGUUGCCAAGCAACACUCCAGAGGAAAUGGAGGAAAAUAUUGAAAAAAUCACAGCAUGGCUGAAUCAGUGGAAUGCUACUUAGUGUACAUAUUAAUUCAAAAUCAGAAAUACCACAUAUAAUGAGUGCUUUGAAGAGCUUUUUCAUUGAGUGAUGUUAAAAUUUUCUGUUAUAUAUUCACUGAGGAUAAGCUUAUAUAUUUGGACAUAAUAGUUUGUCAGGUUAAAGUAACCAUAAAAGUGGAUCUAUGGAUAGUGAAAGAAAGUUUACUUUCCAAUCUGUUAAAUAAUUUCCAAUGUUUAUAAGAAUAUGUUUCUAUUGUUAUUAUACUGUUUCAUGGCUGUAUGGAGCUUAAAUGGAAUGAUUUUGUUAGAGAAUGGCAUUUAUGCCUUUUAUAAAUAAAUUUCUUAAAUGUU